AUGCUAUGCUUUAAACAACCUAUAAGGAUUCUACUAUGUAGAAGGAAUAUAUCAACCAGCUUACCUACCUUAAAUCUAUUCGACAAAACCCCAUCUCGUACUGAAAGACCAUCAACUAAAUCAUCUACAACUUCAUCAUCAUCAAUAUUUUCAUCAAAUAGAUUUCAAGAACAAUACAAUAAAUCCAAAUCAGAUAAUUCAAAUCAAAUAAAUUAUGAUGGAAAUAAACGAAUUCCUAGACAUUCUCAUCAAAAUUUAAAUAAUCGAUCGAAUAAUCGUCAUCAACAACAAUCACCCAAAUUUAAACAAAAACCAAAAUUUGAUUUACAAAAAGUUUUAGAAAAAGGAUCAGAAUCAUCACAAAAUGCAAUAAAAUCAAUUUUAACAAAAUUAUAUAAUUUAAAUACAAAUUAUGAAGUUGAAAUAAUAACAGAAACAGGUUUAAAAAAAUGUAAAAUUCAAGAAAUAUUAGCUGAUUUAAAUUUACAAAAACAAGGUAUACAAUUAAUUUUAAGAGAUAAUAAUCAAUUACCAAUUAUAAAAUUUAUAAAAAUUCAAGAAAUGUUAAAAAAUUAUAAUGAUGAAUUAGCAGAAUCAAAAGAAUUAGAAUUAUUAAAAAUUGGGUCCAUCAAAACAAUAAAAUCAUUAGAUAAUAAAUUAAAAUUAAAACAAAAACAAUCAAUGGAUAAAAAUUUUUUAAUUAAAUGGUCUAUUUCAAUAAAUGAUUUAAUUAAUCAAAAAUUUAAUGAAUUAAUUAAAACUUUAAAAAAGCACCAAAAAUUAAAUUUAUUUAUUAUAAGUAAUAAAUCAAUAAGUUUUAAUAAUAAUCCAAAUAUAACUAAUUUAAUUAAAGAUAAUGAUCAAUUAAGUUUAGAAAUUAAAAAAAGACAAUUAAUAAAAGAUAAAAUUGAAAAUUAUUUAAUUAAAUUAUCUGAAGAUUCUAAUGUAAAAUGUAAAUGGAAUUUAAUUGAUGGUGAUAUAAAUACAAGAUUACAUUAUAAUAUUUCAUGUAUUAAUCAAUCAUCUAUUGAGAGCAAUUCUAAGGAGAAGAUUGAUGUUACUCCGGAAGUGAAACCUGUUAAGAUUAAAAAGGCUCAGACUCAGACACAAGAAAAAGCAAAAUCAAAAAUAGAUGAAGAUGAAUUAGAUUCUUUAUACCUGUUUAAAAUUGAAGAUUAA